AUGUCAUCACCGCAAGACAGAAUAGAUACCUCUAAAGGAGGACAUCCUUGUCAAAGAAUCAAAGAUGCGAUUGUGAAAUGCAUCAAUGAUUCACAGUGUAUGCAACCUGGUGAUAGAACUUUUCAUCAAUGCAUGAAAGCAAAUGACCUCCAACAAGAAUGCAAAGAUCUCUUGUACACUUAUUAUCAAUGUAAAAUGGAUAUGAUAACAAAACAGUUUGAUACGAGAAGUAGAUUCAGAGGCAAUGUUACUGCAAACACUUGGGAAAAGGAUGUUAAAAAAAGGAUCGAAACUCCACCAACUCCACCUUCUUAG